UCUUCCCCUCUAAAUCCUCUCAACUUCCUGCCUCCCCACUGGUCCCUGAGCACACAAUGGCCCUAUGUGAGGCAAUGAAACCCUAAUACAUGAAAAAGUCUUCGUUCUAGACGAUUCGGUACGUCUGUUUUACUCGAGACUUCCUCCUAUAGAAGCUAGAGGGAUGCUGGAAAAUGGUAGCAAUCGUUGGCAUUCUACAACACUCCUUACAAUCUCUAUCAGAAUUCUUCAAGUUUCAGUUUCUUAGUAGUUUUACUGUGUUCUUACUCCAAAAUUCCCCGUGUCUCUCUCCGGAACCACUUCUCAUGAAAUUUUCCAUCAUUAAUUCAGGUUUCAGCAUUAUGUUUUACUCCAAUAUGCAUGGUUUAAGGUGAUCAAGACUAUGCAUAUAAAUUCCGGCUAGAAAAACCACCAGGGCAACAGUUAGUCAAUGGCUUCCUCUCACCUCCCUCUCCUUCUCUCUCUUUUCCUCCUCGUCUUCCAACUUCAGCCCACCAAAGCCAAACUUCUCAACUCCAAGUUCCUCACAUCAACCAUCCUUUCCCAACUGUCAACCACCACACACCUCAAUGACACCAGACCAACCGUCUACUUUGAAGUGACCAAACCAAUCAAACUACCCAGAACUAAACCUUGUUCCCAACUCAUCCUCAGCCAUGACUUUGGCAACACCUAUGGAAAGCCGCCAGUACUUGCAAACUAUACGCCUCCCUCUCAUUGCACUUCCCAAAAGUUAUCCAAAAUCAUACUUGAAUGGAAAGCAACAUGCAAAGGAAGACAAUUUGAUCGCAUUUUUGGCGUUUGGUUAGGCGGUGUGGAGCUUCUCAGGGGCUGCACAGCAGAGCCAACAGCUAGCGGGAUUGUGUGGAGUGUUGAUAAAGAUAUUACAAGGUAUCAAUCAUUGCUUGUAAAGAGUCAGACACAAACUUUUGCUGUUCAUCUUGGUAAUGUUGUUGAUAACACUUAUACUGGGGUGUAUCAUGUGAAUAUAACCAUCAAUUUUUAUCCUGCUGAAGCGAAGUUGAAUUCUACUGAGAACAAUUCAGAUAAUCCAGCAUCUAGAUUUGGUGCUAAUGCUGAUUUGAUCUUACCCAUUUCGCAAAAUUUACCAUUGAAUGACGGGUUGUGGUUUGAAAUAAAGAAUUCAAUGGAUACUCAAGUGAAGGAGUUCAGAAUUCCCCAGAAUGCUUACAGAGCUGUGUUGGAAGUUUACUUAUCUUUCCAUCAGAAAGAUGAAUUUUGGUAUUCAAAUCUUCCCAAUGAGUACGUUUCAACAAAUCAUCUAGGCAACACGCCAGGGAAUGGACCUUUUAGGGAGGUUCUAGAAGGAAGAAUACUAUAGCUUUAUUGAGGAAAGAACCCGUUGUAUAAUCUACCUUUCUUCCAUAAGUUCGGCUUCAGCAUCACGAGUGGUAUGAAUGUGUGGUUUGUAGAUGCUAAUUUGCAUCUUUGGUUGGACAGCAAGAGCAGAAAAACUCAAGGGAAGCUUUUGGAACACAACGUCUCAGCUCUUAAUGUUCAUUCGCAGUCAGAUUUUACGGGUCUCGAUGGAACACUCUUGACAAAUGUAAGCAGGUCAAUAUCCUCAACUGGGUGGGUCAAGUCCUCCUAUGGAGAGAUGACAACUGAAUGGAUUCAAGAUUUUCGCUAUAGUAACUCCAUGUCGAUGAGUAAAGAUUCGAAUAAGCAGAUCAUUAAUCAGAUGAUCCAUUUUAAUGACAGUGUUUACACCAGAAUGCCUUCCUAUUCUGUUUUCUCAAUGAAUUCAUAUAAAAGGUUUCCCCUUGGCAUGUCCACUGAUGUACUGGAUAAAGGAGAUGAAAGUUAUUCGUUGGUAACAAACAUCACGCUAGGAUUCAAUGAGGAGAAAUCUAAGGUUGCUGGUUCUGAUUUCUUAUUCAACUCUCUAAAGAAUCUGCAGAAUGGGCACGUUAUCAUAGCUAUUGAGGGCAACCAUGUUCUUGAUGCUUUGUGGAAUACAGAACAAGCAUAUGAAUAUCGUGGCAGUGACUUGUGCUACUUCAGGAACAUAAGCAGCUUAAACGACAACAUUCUCUAUGAUGUUGUGUCAAAUACAUGCAUGCAGUAA